UGUUCGUGUACGGGCCGCAGGGCCACUACUCCUCGGACUCGGAGUCCGAGUCCGAGAGCGAGUGCGACCCGGAGGUGAUGCUCAUGCGCCGGCGGGAGGAAUGCGAGAGGAAGGCGAGGAGGGGCGAGAUGGACCCACGUCUGGAGUUCGCCUUCCAGCUCCUGAUGGACGGGACGGGGUUGCCGAGGCACGAAAUCAUGGACCACGUGUUCGAGGGAGACAUGCUGGACGAAAUCAAUCAGUUGUUUCUUCCUCACAUGAAGAGCAAGCUGAUGUGGUUUUACCAGGACGUGGAGGAGACAGAAGUGGUGCCAGUGAUCGACCCCAAUAAACCUAGUACGAGCAGGCAGGUCCAACCCAGUACCAGCAGACAAGCUAUUCUCCAGCAGCUGCUCCCCACGUACAAGAAGAAGCUGUUUUUGACGGACGGCUGGGAUGUUCCUCUCACCGGAAUCUGCAUCUAUAUUUUUAGGACGAACACGACUAAGCAGCUCCCCGAAGAAGGCUUCCACAAGGACUUAUUCUGCGGCAUAAUCGACGCCCAGCGAAUCGGUUUAAUAACCACCGUCGAGCGCAUCAUCGAGCACGUCUUCAUGGAGGCUCUCGCCCACCCCAGCCCCGACUGCGAAGACGACGCCGCCAACUGCCCCAUGGUGAAAAACCAGCUUCUCCCCAGCCUCCGGUCCUUCUGCAGCGCUUUGAAAGUUUGCGAAGAAGUCUGCAACGAAGGCAACCUCUUCGACGACGGCGGCUCCACCAUGUCUAUCCUCGACACCGAAGAAGUGAACGAAAUGUCGAAACACCCCGAGAAGCUUAUAGUGUUGGAGGACCGCGUCAAGUCGUGGUCCAAGCGCCUGACCGAAAUUCUCAAAGAGAGCGAACAAGUGAGGAGGGAGAACGACUCAUCGGGACCUCAGGACGAGCUCGAGUAUUGGAAGAAGAGGGGGGCACAGUUCUCGCAGAUCUCCAACCAGGUGAACUCCAGCGAGGUGCAGAUGACGAUUUUGUGUCUGCGGUUGGGGCACUCGAAAGCGUUGAAGGAGUGGUCGGAGACGGAUAAGAAGAUCACGUUUUGUUACAACGAAGCUAAAGAUAACGCCAAGUUUAUACAGGCGUUGGAGAAGAAUUGUCAUUCGUUGUAUUUGGACGACCCGGUGAAGAUGAGAGCUUCGAUUUUGGGGUUGCUGCAGACGGUGCGUCUGAUACAUAGUAUCUCUCAGUUUUACAACACUUCGGAGAGGACGUCUGCGUUGAUGGUGAAGAUCACGAACCAAAUGAUCGAGACUUGUAAAGAAUACGUGACGUGUCGUGGUCAAGAGACCAUUUGGUCACAAGAUCGUCUUAUGGUCAAAGACAAGCUCACCCACUGCAUCAUGUUGAAUAAAGUCUACCGCAAAACUUACACUCUGGUCAAGAACCAGCCCUUCAUUCCCGGACAGCAGUCCUUCAACUUCUCCGAAAACUACGUCUUCGGGAAAUUCGACGCCUUCUGCAGACGCUUGAGUAGAAUAAUCUCCAUGUUCGAUCUAAUCGACGACUACAACAGCUUGUUCCAAAGACGCAUGGAGGGGUUGCUUCUAGGAGACGCCUUGGAAGAAGCCAUGCAGAACUUCAACGAAAUCAAAUCGAUAGUGAUGAAUAAAACAUACGACUAUCUAGAUCAAAGAAACGCGGAAUUCAAUGCAGACUUUAGGUCGUUUUUGUCGCACACCGACGAACUAAAAGAGAACAUCGGGAACAGCAUCGAAAGGAAUUUCGAUAGCGUCUGGGAGACUCCACAAGGCAUCCGUUUUCUGACGCGCUUCGAAAAAGUCAGCGAAAAGAUUCCUCUAACCCGGAUGGACGACAAGUACGAACGCAUCCUCAAGUACUGCGAGAAGGAAGUCGAUCGCAUUAUCAAAAUGUACAAGAAGCAGAAAGACGAUCCGCCGGUGCCUAUCAUGUUCCCACCGAUAGCUGGACGCAUCAAAUGGGCGAGGUCUCUAUUGUGUCAUUUAGACGAACUACUGUCUUGCGUGACUACGCACCAUAUCUUGAGGAACCUCCCAGCGACCGCGGAAUUAUCCAGAAGACAUAAAGCAGCUGAAACAACCCUAAAGUCGUACGAAACGGAUAUGGUAGCCAUUUGGAUGAAUCAACACAUUUGCGACGUCGAUAAUUGUCUUAAGCGGAAUCUACUGGCGGUGUGUCCCGAGCAACAGCGCAUCAAAGUCAAACUGCACAAUACGAUUCCGUUGCUGAUCCGGGAGACGGAUCUGAUGCUCAAGAUGGACCUCCCGGUACCCAUGGUCGCUAUGACUCUGUACUGCAAGCAGGAGCACUUUAGCUUGAUUAAGGAUCAUCUCCAGUUCCUGAUCGAAGACCUCCUGACGGUGGUCCGUUCCGUCAAGCUCGAAGUCCGCCCCCUCUUCCUUCCCCAUCUGGUCAAACUCACCGACAUCGUCGCCGAAGGCAUGCACAAACUCACUUGGGUGUCCUUGGACUGGAAGGACUUCGUCGACAAGUCCAACGACUCCAUCAAGCGAUUCAAAAUUUUGACCGAGAGAGUCCACGAUGUCUACACCAACCGAGUCUUGGAGGUCCUCAGUCUCAUGCAAUCGGUGCAGCUGCACGCUUUACCCGAAGUGGACGACGGCCCCUGGACCAUCGACGACUUCUGCGACAAAAUGGACGAAGUUUGUAGAACUGCAGCGACGGACCUCCACCGCAAGAGCCUCAUGGUGGAGGAAGCCGUCGAGGAGAUCCUCAUGCUGGUGCGUAAAGCGCGCAUCGACUGUCCGUCGCAGAACGACGAAGACAUCUUCUCCGAAGACGAGGCGGAGCAGACCGAAGAGAGUGGGUCGACACAACAACAGUCGGACUGGAGUUUGGUGUGGGAGUGUUUCGAGAAACCUCAUUUGCUUUUGAGUGGGGGGAUGUCCAAGGCUAUGGAGGAUAUGGUGAAGGGGGCAGUGAGCGAGAUGAGGAGGUACUACAGUCGGAAGGUGGUGGAUGUUCUUGUGAGAGUGACCAGGCAGUCUUUGGAGGCUUUACGAAGACGAUUUGCUGUGGAAUAUCACUCGGAGAGGACGCCCGUUUUUAUCCUGAAUUCGGUGUUGUUGAUACCGAAAGUGGCCGUUCAGCCGAACUUGGAGGAAGUCCAAGAUGUGUUGAACUUGGCCGGGAAGAACAUCACCUCUGUGUCGAAGGGUGUUGGACAGUGGAUGCGCGGAAAGCCACAGGUGAGCUCCAAUCAUACCAUCAUCGACCCGAGCAAAGGGGGACCGAUUAAGACGAAAGACGAAGAUUUUAGAGCGAGGAGGCGGAAGUUGUAUAGGCUGGCGACGGAAGAGAAACCCAUGUUUCCCUUCCAGCAGAAGAACUUCCACAACUUCGUCAUGGAGAACAAGGAAGUGUUGAAGACGUUGUCGUUGUUGUCGAUUUGCACACAGGAAAUGAAACAGGAAAUGACCCAGUUCAUAUCUAAAUGGAGACCGUACAACAUUCUGUGGCGAAACGAAAAGACCCAAAGGGAGCUACUUACCGCUUGCUUGAACGAAUUUGAAACGUCCUUAAGAAAACACGAAGAGCUCAACGAAAGGUUGACCACCGAACCUGACGUUUUCGUGAUCAGUAACUGCCUUGCCAUAUCCACGGAGAAACUCAAGUAUGGACUGGUUACCGAAAUUAGGUCCUGCACACAUAGAAUCGGUCAAGCCAUGAAGAAGAAAUACCGACGCGAAAUGGACUACGUCUACGCCGUGAUCAGCGAAAUGGAGCGAAAGCUCGAACGCACGAUUCGCGAUUUGGACGACGUUCGUCUGAUCAUGGACACCUUGAAGAAAAUUCGCGAGCAAGAGGUGGACAUGGAACUCAAAAUCGACCCUAUCGAGGACGCCUUCAACGUUCUAAAUCGUCACAACGUGAUGAUCGAACGCGAAAUUUUGGAACAAGUCGAUAGCUUACGGUACACCUGGAGCAGACUGUUGGAGCAUGCUCUUAAGGUUCAAGUGAAUUUGCUGGAGAUGCAGCCGCAAUUCCAAACUGAUCUUCGGACCAACCUUGAGAAGUUUAGACAAGACAAGAUUGACUAUUGUAACGAGUAUAGAACUGCGGGUCCGAUGCAGCCUGGGCUUACGCCGCGAGAAGCCUCGGAUCGGCUCAUUCUAUUCCAAAAUCGUUUUGAUGGAAUGUGGCGUAAACUGCAGACGUACCAAAGCGGUGAAGAACUUUUCGGUCUACCCACUACCGAUUAUCCAGAUCUAGCACAAAUACGCAAAGAGUUGAACCUUCUGCAAAAACUGUACAAACUUUACAACGACGUUAUCGAUCGGGUGACCAGCUACUACGAUAUUCCGUGGGGAGAAGUCAACAUCGAAGAAAUCAACAACGAACUCAUGGAAUUCCAAAACCGGUGCAGGAAGCUUCCGAAAGGCUUAAAAGAGUGGCCUGCUUUCUUCGCACUGAAGAAAACCAUCGACGACUUCAACGACAUGUGUCCUCUCUUGGAACUGAUGGCCAACAAAGCCAUGAAACCACGCCACUGGCAAAGAAUCAUGGAUUCCCUCAAUCACAUCUUCGAGUUCGAGAGUGACGGUUUUUGCCUCAAGAACAUCCUAGAAGCACCUUUGUUACAACACAAAGAAGACAUCGAGGACAUUUGUAUCUCCGCAAUGAAAGAAAAAGACAUAGAAGCCAAGUUGCGCCAAGUCACGAACGAAUGGUCCGUCCACGAACUAACCUUCAUGACUUUCAACAACCGAGGAGAACUCCUACUCCGAGGGGACACCACCGCUGAAACAAUAGGCCAACUAGAAGACAGCCUCAUGGUACUAGGAUCUCUCUUGUCCAACAGAUACAACGCUCCUUUCCGCAAACAAAUUCAACAGUGGGUGCACGACCUCUCCAACACCAACGAGAUUCUGGAACGCUGGUUGUUGGUGCAAAACAUGUGGGUUUACUUGGAAGCCGUGUUCGUGGGUGGCGACAUCGCCAAACAACUCCCCAAGGAAGCCAAACGCUUCUCCAAAAUCGAUAAAUCCUGGCAGAAGAUCAUGCAGCGAGCGCACGAAACUCCGGGAGUGGUGGCUUGUUGCGUCGGCGACGAUCUUCUCAAGCAGCUGUUACCACACCUCCAAGAGCAACUGGAGUUGUGUCAGAAAUCCCUCAGUGGUUACUUAGAGAGGAAGCGCAUGAUGUUCCCGAGAUUCUUCUUCGUUUCAGAUCCGGCGCUGCUCGAAAUUCUGGGUCAGGCUUCGGAUUCGCACACCAUCCAGAACCAUCUCCUUUCGAUUUUUGAUAACACGAGAUGGGUGAAAUUCCACGAUAUCGAGUACAAUAAGAUAACGGCGAUUGUGUCGUCCGAAGGAGAGAUGAUACAGCUGGAGAAAGCAGUCCGGGCUGAAGGGAGCGUGGAAACUUGGUUGACCCAACUGUUGGUAACUUCACAGGCUUCGUUACACUCGAUCAUAAGACAAGCCAACGGAAUGAUAAACGACGGGAACUUCCACUUGCUUCUCUUCUUGGAGAAGAUGCCGGCGCAGAUCGGACUCUUGGGGCUGCAAAUGAUUUGGACCAGAGACGCCGAAUUGGCGUUGAUGCAAGCCCGACACGACAAAAAGGUGAUGGCCGACACCAACAACAAGUUCCUCGAAUUACUCAACACUUUAAUCGACCAAACCACUAGAGACCUCACCAAAAUAGAGCGCACUAAAUUUGAAACUUUGAUCACCAUCCACGUGCACCAGAGAGACAUUUUCGACAUCUUGUGUCGGAUGAACGUAAGACACGUCAACGACUUCGAGUGGUUGAAGCAGUGCCGCUUCUACUUCAAGGAAGAGCAAGACAAAACCUUGAUCAUAAUAACGGACGUUUCGUUUUCGUACCAGAAUGAGUACUUGGGGUGUACUGACCGUCUGGUGAUUACUCCCCUCACCGACAGGUGCUACAUAACUCUGGCUCAAGCUUUAUCCAUGAGCAUGGGUGGCGCUCCGUGUGGACCAGCCGGUACCGGCAAAACAGAGACCGUCAAAGACAUGGGUAAAACUCUCGCCAAGUACGUAGUGGUCUUCAACUGUUCGGACCAAAUGGACUAUCGAGGUCUAGGCCGCAUCUACAAAGGUCUAGCUCAAUCGGGUUCCUGGGGCUGUUUCGACGAGUUCAACAGGAUCGAGCUGCCAGUUCUUUCGGUGGCAGCCCAACAAGUAGCCGUCGUUCUAGCCAGCAAGAAAGAAAAACGAAAGAACUUCCAGUUCACGGACGGCGAUAUCGUCGAAAUGUGUCCCGAGUUUGGAAUUUUCAUCACCAUGAAUCCAGGUUACGCCGGCCGGAAGGAACUCCCCGAGAACUUAAAAAUCCAGUUCCGCACCGUCGCGAUGAUGGUCCCUGACCGUCAAAUCAUCAUCCGAGUCAAGUUGGCUAGUUGCGGCUUCCUGGAGAACAUCACCUUGGCGAGGAAAUUUUAUACUUUGUACAAGCUUUGUGAGGAGCAGCUCACCAAACAGGUCCAUUACGAUUUCGGUCUUCGCAAUAUUUUAUCGGUUUUGCGUAGUCUGGGUGCUGCCAAACGUGUCAAUAAUAAAGACAGCGAAAGUACGAUAGUCAUGAGGGUUUUGCGUGAUAUGAAUCUAUCCAAGCUGAUCGAUGAAGAUGAGCCGCUCUUUAUUUCUUUGGUGGCUGACCUCUUUCCCAACCAGGCGCUGGAAAAAACUGCCUAUCCGGAGUUGGAAGAGGCCAUUAACACGCAAGUGGAAGAGGCGGGCCUCAUCAAUCACCCGUCGUGGGCUUUGAAACUUAUACAAUUGUAUGAAACCCAGCGGGUUCGCCACGGAAUCAUGACUUUAGGGCCCACCGGGGCCGGGAAGACCACUUGCAUUCAGACUUUGAUGAGAGCUUUGACCCAGAUGGGUGACUACCACAGGGAGAUGCGAAUGAAUCCGAAAGCCAUCACGGCAGCCCAAAUGUUCGGGCGCCUGGACGUCGCCACCAACGACUGGACGGACGGUAUCUUCUCGGCCCUCUGGCGGAAAACUCUGAAGCUAAAACAAGGAGAAUACGUCUGGUUGGUCCUCGACGGUCCGGUCGACAGUAUAUGGAUCGAAAAUCUAAACUCGGUCCUCGACGACAACAAAACUCUAACUCUAGCCAACGGCGAUCGUUUAUCCAUGGCUCCAACGUGCAAGAUCAUCUUCGAACCACACAACAUCGACAACGCCUCCCCAGCCACCGUCUCUAGAAACGGAAUGGUCUACAUGAGUUCCUCUGGACUGAACUGGAAGCCCGUGGUGGCCGCAUGGUUGAAAAAGCGAAGUGUGAGAGAACAAGAACUGUUCCACAAGUUGUUCGACGAAUCCUACGGGGAACUGUAUGCCUGGGGGACGCAGAAUUUGGUACUCGUCGUGGACGUUCUCGAAUGUAACGUAACUCUUCAAAUGUUGAAACUCCUAGAAGGGUUGGUUCCCGUGCAGGUCGACGAAACCGAAGAUCUUUCAGCUUCCAAGUCUGAUCAGGGUGAUUUAGACGACGACUUGUUGGACGAGUCGGAGAAGGUCGAAGAGAACAAACCCUUCACGAACGAGCACAUGUCCAAGCUGUAUGUUUUCGCGCUGAUUUGGGGCAUGGGGGCAUUCCUUGAAACCGCCGAUCGAAGCAAAUACGAUCGUUUCCUUAAAGAGAAUUUAACAGAGUUGGACUUGCCCAAAAACGAUCGCAAAAAUCCUGACGCUACUGUCUUCGAUUAUGUGGUCAAUUCUGACGGUGAGUGGGUCCUGUGGAGCACCAUGGUCACGAAUUACGUGUACCCGGAGCUCGCUACGCCUGAAUAUUCCACGAUUUUGAUCCCCAUUCCCGACAACGUCCGCAUCAAUUACUUGAUUCACACUAUAGCGAAGCAAGAGAAGGCCGUUUUGGUGGUAGGUGAGCAAGGGACUGCCAAGACCGUCAUGAUGAAGUCUUACAUAAAGAACGCCAACCCUGAAAUUUAUCUCAACCGAUCUUUCAAUUUUUCUAGUGCCACGUCGCCUUAUCAAUUCCAAAAGACAAUUGAGAGUUACGUCGAUAAGAGAAUGGGGAACACGUUCGGAGCUCCCAAUGGCAAAAAGAUGAUUAUUUUCAUAGACGACAUCAAUCUGCCAGAGAUCAAUUGUUGGGGUGACCAAAUAACAAAUGAAAUCGUUCGCCAGACCAUGGACAUGGGUGGGUUCUACAGUUUGGAGAAACCUGGAGAGUUUACGACCAUCGUGGACGUGCAGUUUGUGGCAGCGAUGGGACAGCCUGGGGGUGGCCGAAACGACAUACCGUCGAGGUUGAAAAGGCAGUUUUGCAUGUUUAAUUGUCCUUUACCAAUUGACAUGUCCAUUGACAAGAUUUUCGGGGUGAUCGCCCAGGGUCACUACAACGUCAAAAGAGGGUUCACGCUAGAGGUGAGGAAUCUGGUGAAGAAGCUGAUUCCUCUGACGAGGAUUCUGUGGAAGAAUACAAGAGCGAAGUUGUUGCCGACACCCGCAAAAUUCCACUAUGUUUUCUCUUUGAGGGAUCUGUCUAGGAUUUGGCAGGGGAUGAUUGGGACUUUAUCUACCGUGAUAGAGUCAGAAGGGUGCAUGAUGGUCCUGUGGAAGCACGAAUGUACAAGGGUAUUUUCAGAUCGGUUUACCAUAGAAGAAGACAAGAAGUGGUUCAACGAGGAGUUGUUAAGUUUAGUGGAACAGGAACUGGGGGCGGAAUUUAGAAAGAAAACGGAACCUAAUCCAGUUUUUGUAGAUUUCAUGAGAGACGCCCCUGAACCCACUGGCGAAGAAGGGGAAGACGCAGACAUGGAACUUCCCAAAGUGUACGAACCGGUAACCGCCGAAAACGAACUAAGAGAGAGAUUGGACAUGUUUUUGGCACAAUUUAACGAAAUGGUCCGAGGUUCUGGAAUGGAUUUGGUAUUUUUCCCAGAUGCCAUGCUCCACUUGGUGAAAAUAUCAAGAGUAAUUCGUCAUCCGAGAGGAAACGUGAUGCUCGUUGGGGUCGGCGGAAGUGGCAAACAAUCCCUCACGAAACUCUCGUCGUUUAUCGCCGGCUACAAAACCUUCCAGAUCACGUUAACCAGGUCCUACAACAUCGCCAACUUUUUAGAAGACUUAAAAGUUCUUUAUCGUUCUUGCGGCUGCCAAGGCAAAGGUACCACUUUUAUUUUCACUGAUUUAGACAUCAAAGAAGAAGGAUUUCUCGAGUACUUGAACAACAUUUUAUCGUCCGGAGUGAUUUCGAAUCUCUUCACGAAAGACGAGCAAGCCGAAAUCAUCCAAGAGGUGACGCCUGUGAUGAAGAGAGAGAACCCGAAGAGAUCCCUAAACCCCGAAAGCGUCAUGGAGUACUUCAUGAAUAGGACGUGCCAAAACUUGCACGUCGUCUUUUGCUUUUCUCCUGUUGGGGAAAAAUUCCGGAACCGGGCCCUUCGAUUCCCGGCUCUCAUUUCCGGUUGCACCAUCGACUGGUUCCAGCCGUGGCCCAGAGACGCUCUGGUACUAGUAGCGCGUCACUUCCUCACCGACUUCAAAAUCGCCUGCACGGAAGAGGUCAAAGAAGAGUUAGUUAAAGCUUUGGGGUCCAUUCAAGACGUAGUUUCAGCCACUUCCGUCGAGUACUUCCAGAGAUUCCGCAGAGCGACUCACGUCACACCCAAAUCCUACUUGAACUUCAUCGCCGGGUACAAGAGCAUUUACAAGAACAAGAAAAAGGAACUCAGUGACGGCGCUCUCAGAAUGGACACAGGUUUAGAAAAGCUUGCCGAAGCCUCUUCCUCUGUUCUAGUUUUGAAGAAAGAACUGGCUUCUAUGGAAAAAGAGCUCGCGGAUGCGUCCAAACGUGCCGAGAAAGUCCUCACGGAGGUGACAGAACGAGCGAUGCAAGCCGAAAUUGUCAAAAACCAAGUACAGAAGGUUAAGGAGAAGGCAGAAAUUUUGGUUUCUUCGAUCGCUGUGGAGAAGGCUCUAGCCGAGGAGAAGUUGGAAGCCGCGAAACCCGCUCUAGAAGAAGCAGAAGCGGCUCUGAAUACCAUCAAACCAGCACACAUCGCUACGGUGCGGAAACUGGGACGCCCUCCUCACCUGAUUAUGCGAAUCAUGGACUGCGUUCUGGUGCUGUUUCAAAGGAAACUUCACCCGGUCAUCCCGGAUACUGCGGCUUCCUGUCCGAAGCCAUCAUGGGCGGAGUCUCUCAAGAUGAUGGCCUCCACCACUUUCCUCCUGCAGCUCCAAAACUACCCCAAAGACAUCAUCAACAACGAAAUGGUGGAGUUCCUCCAACCCUAUUUCGAGAUGGAGGACUACAACAUGGACACUGCGAAGCGCGUCUGCGGUGACGUCGCCGGCUUGCUUUCGUGGACCAAAGCUAUGGCGUUCUUCCACAGCGUCAACAGAGAGGUGCUCCCACUCAAAGCCAACCUCACGCUUCAAGAAGCCCGUCUGAAGGUGGCCAUGGAGGAUUUGGCAGCCGCCGAACAACAACUGGAGGAACGCGAGCAGAGUCUGCGCGAGGUGAAAGAGCAGUACGAUAAGGCGGUACUCGAGAAACAGAGACUGACAGAUGCGGCUAAUUCUUGUCUGAGAAAGAUGAACACUGCGACCACUCUCAUUAACGGUUUGGGAGGGGAGAAGGUGAGGUGGACUGACCAGAGUAAAGAGUUUAAAGAACAGCUAGGGCGUUUGGUCGGGGAUGUGCUUCUAGCCACCGGGUUUUUGUCAUACUGUGGACCCUACAAUCAAGAAUUUAGAGCGAAUCUGGUGAACACGUGGAUGGAUAUACUCAAGUCGAAGAGCAUUCCGUUUACUCUUAAUCUCAACAUCACGAAUAUGUUGGUCGAGAGUGCCACUCUUUCGGAGUGGACGUUGCAAGGGUUGCCGAACGACGAACUCUCAGUCCAGAACGCCCUAAUUGUUACUAAGUCUAGAUCGUACCCGCUCUUAAUAGACCCCCAGAACCAAGGGAAGAUGUGGAUCAAGAAUAAAGAAGCCAACAACAGUCUCCAAAUCACGUCUUUGAACCACAAGUACUUCAGGACGCAUCUGGAAGACUGUUUGUCUAUUGGUAAACCACUUCUGAUUGAAGACAUCGAUAUCGAACUAGACCCGGUUCUGGACAACGUCCUCGAAAAGAACUUUAUCAAGUCGGGCUCGAUCGAGAAGGUGAUUGUAGGGGAUAAAGAGUGCGACGUGAUGAAAGGUUUCAUGCUAUACAUUACGACGAAGCUCCCCAACCCUCCCUACUCCCCAGAAAUCAGUGCCAAGACCUCCAUCAUCGACUUCACCGUGACUAUGCUAGGCUUGGAGGACCAACUCCUCGGCAGAGUCAUUCUAAUGGAAAAAUCCGACCUAGAAGCCGAACGAGUCGCCCUCUUCGAAUCCGUCAUGCAAAACCAAAGACGCAUGAAAGAACUCGAAACGAACUUACUCAGCAGACUCAACUCCUCCGAGUGCUCUCUAGUAGAAGACGAGGAACUCAUAAACGUCCUCCAAGUCACAAAAAGCACCGCCGAAGAAGUCAACCAAAAACUCUCCGUCUCCGCUCACACUGAAAAGAAAAUCAACAUAGCAAGAGAAGAGUUCAGAGCUGUAGCCGCUCGAGGCUCCAUUUUGUACUUCUUGAUCGUCGAAAUGAGCAACGUGAACGUCAUGUAUCAAAACUCGUUGAAACAGUUCUUGAUUAUUUUCGACAGCUCGAUCACCAAGUCGGAGAAGAGCCCUGACACGAUGGAGAGGAUCAGGAUCAUACUCCAGUACCUGACGAAAGAGGUGUGGGCGUUCACCCAACGCAGCUUGUACGAACGCCACAAAGCCCUCUUCACGCUGAUGAUGGCCAUGAAAAUCGACCUCCAGAAAGCCAUCAUCACCCACGAGGAGUUCAUGGCGUUCAUCAAAGGAGGAGCAUCUCUGGAUUUGAACGCGGUAACUCCGAAACCCUUCCGAUGGAUUCUGGACAUCACGUGGCUAAAUUUGGUCGAAAUCAACAAACUGAAGACGUUUUCAGACAUACUGAUCAAGAUCGAAAACAAUGAACGCGAGUGGAGGAUUUGGUACGAGAAGGAGAAACCCGAAGAAGAAGAGAUUCCGUGCGGAUAUCAAAAGGGUUUGGACGUGUUUAGAAAGCUCCUACUGAUAAGGUCUUGGAGUCCGGACCGAACGGUCUCACAAGCACGAAAAUACAUCAUUGAUUCUUUGGGACCUGAAUAUGGAGAGCCGUGCAUUCUGGAUUUGGAAGCCACCUGGGCUGAAUCCGAAGCAAGGACCCCUCUGAUAUGCAUCCUCUCCAUUGGGUCGGAUCCUUCGCCACAAAUCUCAGCUCUUGCGAAAGUCAAAGACAUGACUUUGAAGGCGGUUUCCAUGGGUCAAGGUCAAGAAGUCGUAGCCCGCGACAUGAUCGACUGGUCCAUGGCCAACGGUGGCUGGGUCCUCCUCCAAAACAUCCACUUAUCCCUCCCGUUCGCCACCGAAGCCAUGACCAUGAUCGUCGACGCGGAAACCGUCCACGAAAACUUCAGAAUCUGGUUAACCACCGAAGUCCACGAGCAAUUCCCAAUAGGUCUCCUUCAAAUGGCCAUAAAAUUCACGAACGAGCCGCCACAAGGAAUCCGCGCCAGCAUGAAACGCACGUACCAGAACAUCACCCAAGAUUACUUGGACUAUUCUGCACAAUCUCAGUGGCCACCUUUACUGUACGCCGUAGCUUUCCUUCACACCGUGGUCCAAGAAAGGCGAAAGUUUGGCCCUCUGGGCUGGAACGUCCCCUACGAGUUUAAUCAAGCGGACUUCGCGGCGAGUGUCCAGUUUAUACAAAACCAUCUGGACGAUAUGGACCCCAAGAAAGGGGUUUCGUGGCCCACGGUAUGCUACAUGCUGGGGGAAGUCCAGUACGGGGGACGGGUUACCGAUGACUUUGACAAGAGACUACUGACGACGUUCACUCAAGUUUGGUUCUGCGACGUGUUGUUGCGGCCGGGGUUCGAGUUUUACAAAGGGUACAAAGUUCCCCAGACGCGGAACCUUCAAGGGUACGUAGAUUACAUUAACAGUCUUCCGGCGACGGAUACUCCUGAGGUGUUUGGGCUCCAUGGAAAUGCAGACAUCACUUACCAGAUUAACACGGCUAAAGGUAUUCUGGACACGAUUCUCAGCGUUCAACCCAAAGAAGGUGGCAGUCAAGGUGGCGAGACCCGCGAAAGCGUGGUUUACAGCCUUGCCGAAGACAUGUUAGAGAAAUUACCACCACAAUACAACAGUUUCGAGGUAAAAGAGGCUCUCCAGAGAAUGGGGGCACUUCUCCCCAUGAAUAUUUUCCUUCGACAAGAAAUCGACAGAAUCCAGAAGGUGAUCAAAGAAGUGAAAUCCACACUGAGUGAUUUGAAGUUGGCUAUUGAUGGCACCAUCGUCAUGAGUCAGGGUCUACGAAGUGCCCUUGACGCUAUGUACGACGCCAGAAUCCCAGACCGGUGGCAAAAAAUAUCGUGGGAGUCUGCCACUCUAGGAUUCUGGUAUACAGAGCUUCUUGAAAGGGACGCCCAAUUCAGAAACUGGUGCAACAACGGCAAGCCCAACGUGUUUUGGAUGACUGGGUUUUUUAAUCCUCAGGGAUUCUUAACGGCGAUGCGUCAGGAUGUCACAAGAGCGCAUAAGGGAUGGGCGUUGGAUUCGGUCGUGUUGCAGAAUCUUAUAACGCGUUACAAUAAGGAAGACUUGAAGGAGGGUCCAGCGGAGGGUGUUUACGUUCAUGGGUUGUUUCUGGAAGGCGCAGGCCUCGAUAGAAGGACUGGGAAACUUAUUGAAAGCAAACCCAAAGUGCUGUAUGAGAUGAUGCCCGUUAUUUAUAUUUACGCUAUUAAUACCACGGCUGGGAAAGACCCGAAAUUGUACGAAUGCCCUAUAUACAGGAAACCGCAACGGACUGAUCAGAAAUACGUGGGGUCCAUUGAUUUCGAAACUGAUCACAACCCCAGACACUGGACUUUGAGAGGGGUGGCUCUGCUGUGUGAUAUCAAAUAAAGAAUGUCGUACAUUCUUGAUAAGGAAGAAGGCUGUGCACUAGUUGUAAAGUAGUUUAUCAAUUCACAAAAUAGUAAUAAAGAUGUAACAGUCAGUA